AACGCUGCAAUUAUGGACGCCACGAAAUCGGAGAAGGCGCGUGUGGCGUGAGCUGAACCCGCAAAGGGACCCCUCUCUGUGCUCCCCAUCAGUCAACCCACGAUGUACAACGAGAGUGACAUUCUCGUUUCUCUUUCCCGCUCAUGGAUACUUCCCUUCCAUGGCGCUCCUCAAUUGGAGCUCCGCGCCUCGAAUGGAGUCUCGCGAGAUCUGGGGCGUCUUGCUAUGUCCGGACAUGACCGGGCCACGCAACGCCUCGUCUGUCGACGGUCAUUACAAGAAGAAUGUGCGUAGAUUAGUUUAAGAGUGAUAUGGGCCCACGCCCCUCGAUUAAAAUCUUCGUGUCUCGCAAGAAUCGUUUUCUCGGUAAAGGAAUUGGGUGAAGAAUCAAUAUGGAGGCCCCCACUGCACCAACCGCCUACGAUAGCAUCUACGAUCGACUCGCCAUGAUGAAACUCGCUGCCCAUGAAGUGAACCCGGUCGAAGAUUUCCCCGACAGCGCUUCCGUGUCGACGCUUCACCGCGAUGGUGUCCGCGCCGCCGAUGACGCGGAGUCGGUUGUCUCCCACAGUCAAAACCUCGGAGUCGUUCGCCACUCGCACCGGCGUUCGCUGUCGAGAUCUAGCUCCCUAAUCUCGCAACGUCGGCGCUGGGCUGCGUCAGAGAGCAUUUCCAAAGCCGAAAGUCACUUCUUGGCCCUGGCCGAGUUGAUCUCGAGCGCAUCCAGGGAGGCGACUUCGUUGCGAGGAUCGUGGUCGAACAUCACCACCGAGCAUGAGAGUCUGAUCGAGGAGCGGAAUGAGCUCCAUGAGAAGAUCUCUCAUCUCAUCGAGCAAGCUGAGACUCACAAACACAACCACCGUCAACACGAACGCGAGCUCAUCGAGAAACAGCGCACCAUCGAGAAGCUCUUGACUGACCUUGCCACUGCUGCCUCGCAUGAGGUGACGGAGAAGAAGAGAUAUGCCGAAGUCAAAGAGGAAGUAAAGCGACUUCGACAUGAACUCCACGAAAGCGACCGUGCCCGUACACAUCUUCAAUCGGAACGCGAGUCGCUCACCAUGGAGUUGGAUGCAACAAAGUCCAAGCUACGCUCCGUCGAGGUCGAGCGCGACACUGCUCGUCGACAGUCUCAUGAACAUGAACACCGCUACCGCGAAGUCCACCGCGAAAAAGAAGAGUUGGCAACUAGAUUGGAGGAGAUCAGCAUCGAGAUCGAGACAUAUCGUAAAGAAAUCACUUCACUCAAGCAACGUCUCACAGUCUCGGAAACGGAGUGUGUUGCAUAUGCCGCGCGACUCGAGAAGGCGACUUUGGAAGAGAAGAAGCUCCGCAUCCAGAUCGAUGAGUACUUCCAUGCCGUGUCUACCCUCACAGAGAAGUGCGAGAGCUUCGAGUUGGAGAUCAAGGAGCACCACGAGACCAUCUCCACCUUUAAGAGAGAGAAGAGUGAGCUUUCCCUUGCCAUUGAGCAGGUCCGCCGUGAGCUGAAGCUUGCAAUCGUGGCACGCCAAAAGAUUGAAGAGGAACACUCUGGUGAUUUCCAUCGUCAUGAGAAAUUCAGACUGGAGAUUGUCUCCUUGAAAGAGCGCAUCACAUCCCUGGAGGAAGAGCGGGCAUCCCUCACAGAGAAGAUCGAGCAACAACGAUCACACCACCGCCACCUGGUCGCAGAGCAGACAAGGACUGCAGAUGAGCUCCGCCGCACAAGAUCCGAGCUUGAAGAAUCCUCACACCACGCCCAUACUCUUCGAUCCGAGGUGGAGGAGCUCCAAUCCUCCAUCGUUCGCAUGCGGACCGAGCGGACCACCCUCAUCGAGCGUUCUGAGACCGCCGAGCGCCGCCUCGACGAGCUCCGUCACAAGCACAACGAGUACGAGCUGGAAGUGACCCAAUACAAACGCCGCAUCACAACCCUCGAGACAGAGCUCAAGACAAUAAUCAAAUCCCGCGACAGCCUGCAAUUCGACAUGACCGACCUGCGCUCCAAGCACGACGAACUGCGAAGCUCCAGCGGCCUCCUCCAAGCCGAACUCGAAGAGCUCCACCACGACUCAGAACACCUCCGCGCCUCGAUCCGCGAAGCAACCGAGCAGCGCGAACGAGCCAUCUCCUCCCGCGAGCGCGCCGACCGCGAGCGCGACGAAUACGUGCAGAAAUACGAGGAGAAAUGCCGCCAGCUAGAGCGCAUCCACGAGCGGCCGAUGUCGCCUGUUGGCCACAACAACCACCAUCACCAUCAGCGCAGUGGAGCGUAUGAGCGUGUAUUUGGAUCUAUCCGGGAUCAGAUGAUGAUCGGCGGUCGCUCGUCGAGUGUUGCGUCGCGGUCGCGAGUUGCGUCGGGCUCGACUCACCAUCAUGAGGGGGAAUUGAACACGUUGACGGAGGCGUGAAACUCUUGGGACGAUUUUCUUGGUUGGGUCGGGGAUUAUGCCAUGUUUUGUUUGGGGUUCGUUGUGUACCGCUAGGAUGCCUUCGUCGAUGAUCAUUGUGCGUUUUUGAAUGUAUCCUGGAAGUAACAUCAAGAUUCGUGUCUUGUCAUUGUGCUCGAUUAUGGUCGGUUGUCAUCACGAGUGCGACCACAGCGAGUGUGCGCGUUGUCUUGCGGCGGUUGGGCUCA